ACGUGGCGAGAAAGGGGCGGUGCGCGCUUGCUGUCCACAGCGGAGCGGAGCUGACGGCGUCCGCGCCUCCUGCCGCGGUCCUCCCGACAUGCCGGAGGAGGCGGGCUUCCCGCCGGCCAAGAGAUUCCGGCCGGGCUCCUGCCCUCCGGGGAGGCGAGUGGUGAUGCUGCUGGCGGCUGGCGCCGGCGGCGGAGCAGGAGGAGGCCGGAGGCAGACGCCGCUGCUGGCCCAGCCCUCGGCCAGUCCCUACCGCGAGGCCCUGGAGCUGCAGCGCCGGAAUCUGCCCAUCUUUCGGGCGCGGGGGCAGCUAUUGGCCCAGCUCCGAAACCUGGACAGUGCGGUCCUGAUCGGGGAAACUGGCUCUGGGAAGACAACUCAGAUCCCACAGUACCUCUAUGAAGGGGGGAUCAGCCGCCAGGGCAUCAUUGCUGUGACCCAGCCCCGUCGAGUGGCUGCCAUCUCUCUUGCUACUAGAGUCUCAGAUGAGAAGAGGACUGGACUCGGGAAACUGGUUGGCUAUACUGUGCGCUUCGAGGAUGUCUCUUCAGAAGACACCAGGAUCAAGUUCCUGACAGAUGGCAUGCUUCUUCGAGAAGCAAUUUCCGACUCCUUGCUUCGAAAGUACAGCUGUGUCAUUUUGGACGAGGCCCACGAGCGGACUAUCCACACAGAUGUGCUCUUUGGAGUGGUGAAGGCAGCGCAGAAGAGGCGGAAGGAGCUAGGGAAACCGCCUCUCAAAGUGAUUGUGAUGUCAGCUACCAUGGAUGUUGACCUGUUUUCUCAGUAUUUCAAUGGAGCCCCUGUCCUCUACCUUGAAGGUCGGCAGCAUCCAAUCCAGAUUUUCUAUACCAAGCAGCCUCAGCAGGAUUACCUGCACGCAGCCCUUGUCUCGGUCUUCCAGAUCCACCAGGAAGCCCCCUCUUCCCAGGACAUCCUGGUCUUCCUUACUGGUCAGGAGGAGAUCGAAGCAAUGAGCAAGACCUGCCGAGACAUUGCGAAGCACCUCCCUGACGGCUGCCCCGCAAUGCUCGUCCUUCCUCUGUACGCCUCCCUGCCCUACUCACAGCAGCUUCGAGUCUUUCAAGGGGCCCCAAAGGGCUAUCGCAAAGUGAUCAUUUCAACCAACAUCGCUGAAACCUCCAUAACCAUUACAGGAAUAAAAUAUGUAGUUGACACGGGCAUGGUUAAAGCAAAGAAGUAUAACCCUGACAGUGGCCUUGAGGUACUAGCUGUACAGCGAGUGUCAAAGACACAGGCCUGGCAACGCACAGGGAGGGCUGGCCGAGAAGACAGUGGCAUCUGCUACCGGCUCUACACUGAGGAUGAGUUUGAGAAGUUUGAGAGGAUGACGGUGCCAGAGAUCCAGAGGUGUAACCUGGCAAGUGUGAUACUGCAGCUCCUAGCAAUGAAAGUCCCAAAUGUGCUCACCUUUGAUUUCAUGUCCAAACCAUCUCCAGAUCACAUUCAGGCGGCCAUUGCCCAACUGGACCUGUUAGGUGCUCUUGAACAUAAGGAUGACCAGCUUACCCUGACUCCAAUUGGAAGAAAGAUGGCAGCAUUUCCUUUAGAGCCCAAAUUUGCCAAAACGAUCCUCCUGUCUUCCAAAUUCCACUGUACGGAAGAGAUUCUGACCAUAGUCUCCCUGCUAUCUGUGGACAGUGUCCUUUACAACCCUCCCGCCCGGAGAGAUGAAGUGCAAAGUGUCAGGAAGAAAUUCAUAUCCAGCGAGGGGGAUCACAUCACCCUGCUCAAUAUCUAUCGGACCUUCAAAAACAUAGGUGGGAAUAAGGACUGGUGCAAAGAGAAUUUUGUCAACAGCAAGAAUAUGCUGCUAGUAGCUGAAGUCAGAGCACAGCUAAGGGAAAUCUGCUUAAAGAUGUCAAUGCCCAUCAUGUCAUCUCGAGGGGACAUGGAGAGUAUCCGCCGCUGCCUUGCUCACAGCCUCUUUAUGAGUACUGCCGAACUCCAGCCAGAUGGCACCUAUGCCACCACGGACACACACCAGCCAGUGGCCAUCCACCCGUCAUCUGUCCUCUUCCACUGCAAGCCUGCCUGUGUGGUAUACACCGCACUGCUCUACACCAACAAAUGCUACAUGCGCGACCUCUGUGUUGUGGAUGCCGAGUGGCUCUAUGAGGCUGCCCCUGACUACUUCCGGAAGAAGCUGAGAACUGCCAGAAACUGAUCAGGAGCUUAGAUCACAGCUGUCUUCAUAGACUCGGAAGCAACCACACACUUCAGUGCAGCCAGACUUGCUGAGUUCAAACGCUUGAAAGUGUUGAUGAAACUCUUCGACCUCAGCCAUGCAGACAAUGCUCACACUUAGACCACUGGAAAUGAGAAUUGUGCUUUAGGUUUGACUGGGAGAUUCUGAGUGACUGAAUUAACUCCUGAGCCUCAGUUUCCUUAUAGGCCAGAGGGGGAUAAGAAUUACUAGUUUAGAGAAAAUAAAUAGAAAGCUACCCAGAGAUUUGCCUGGCACAAGAUAAGACAAUCAGUGAAUUGUAAGCCAUUGUGCUUUGUGAUACUAACUAGGUACAACACAGCCCCUUGAGCUCUUGUGACUGGGGGAGGGGGUGUUUCUGGGAGGAGCCAUAGGAAGCUACAGAUCCAAUUGGUUGCCCUCAGUGUUUCUUCUCCUUGCCACCUCCUCCCCUCAUGGAACCCAGGGCCUCAUGCAUGCUAUGCAAACACUCUGCCACUGAGCCAAUCCCCACCCUUCACUACUAUUCUAAUGUCUACCUAUACGUCUUUUAAAUAGAAAACAGAAGAAACUAACUCCCACCAACAUUGCCAGAGUAAGGUGUAUUCUGACGGCUCAGGGUGUAGCACAUUGUCUUGUCUGUCUCCAAGCAGAGACCAGCAAAGGUCCUCAGUGCCUCUGUGGUUGCCUGUCCCCAGCAAUGCUUUCAGGAGACACACAGCUUUUCAGUGCAGUGGCCUUCUGAAGCCCAGUGGUGGUUUUCUCUGUGUGCACGUAAGGGAGGCUUCACACCCGUUCAGCAGCCUCUGCUCAGGUGGGCCCAAGUCAGAGCUGCUGGGUGGGAGGGAGGCGACCGAUGCUUGAUGGCUCAGAAGCCAGAGUCAGUGUGUCCUUUUCACCACCCUCAGUCUUUGUGUUUUGGUCUUAAUGACUGUCAGUCCCCUUCCUUCCUUGCAGGGACCUGGGACAGUUAGCUUUGCUACUGCCUAACCAGGCGUCACUCUCAAGCCUUCACAGUCUGCCUUGUUUGGAAAAGAUUCAUUUUAGUUGACUGUUAGGGGCAAACAAUCCGUGGUGUGGUGGUACAUCCCUGUAACCCGGAUGAGAGGGGAGGACUGAGGCUUCUGGGAUAGCCUAGUGGAGGAAGAAAAAAAAAAAGCACACUUUCCCAGAAAAUGUUUGAACCUAGAACAGCCGAGUUUAGCCCUUUUAUUGUACUUAGUUGGUCCAGACAUAUCUCUACUACUAGGUUUUGUCAUUUAUACAAUGAAUUGUGUUGCUUAUAAGCAGAGGGCCAAACUGCCUACAGUGUACCUCAAAGACAGGGGGCAGUUUCUUUUCUCGGGUCCAACAAGCUCUUUCCAGAGGGCAUAGCCUGCCUGGGCACUUCCAUUCCCAGGGAAUGGUUUCAUUGGUCCACACUGUGUAUGUUGAAUCCAGUCUAGGCUUUAUUAUAACCCUAACCAUGAGCAGUCAAGCUUUUAGCCAGUGUUUAGGGUUGUCUGGGUACUCAUGACUUAGUUCUUUGAUAAAAUGGCUACAUUACCAAUUUUAUGAAAAGCUAUCAAGAAAGUCUUUCUUUUUAAAGUGUAUUUUUCCUAUUUAAACAAAGGGGCUGGGGUGUUUAUUUAGCCUUGCUUGGUAAGAGAAACUUUUGUAUUUUUAAUAGAGCAUUCAUUAUGCUGGUUAAAGGAAACAAGGAGGGCAAUAUUUUCCUUAGCAAUGAGCAGUUUCUGUUCCCCAGUAAACUAAGAGGGUGUUUUCUGGGUCAAGGAAAACUUUGCUUCCAUUGACUGACUCCAGAGCAAGCACUGGAAAUUUACCCUGCAUUGACUCCCUGCAGUGAGUACUGGGCACUUGCCAGAAAAGAGGUGAAGGAUAGAGUUUCUGAAUAGCUUUAACAUUUCUGUACAGAAAUAUGUUCUUCACAUUAACAUUGUGGUAGAAUUUUAAUAGAGUAUUUAGUUUUUUAUUGGGCUUUUAAAAAAAUAGCUUUUUAACAAAGCUGCUCAGGGAUUAAAUCAGAUGGAAACCCCAUUCUGACUCCACAUAUUACUACAAAGAAGUUAAUUAUCUUGAGCCGCAGGGACAGGGCCCUUUAAGAUUUCUUAGGAAAGGAAAAUGUUGCCUGGCGGUGGUGGCGCACACCUUUAAUCCCAGCACUUGGGAGGCAGAG